AUGGCAUUGAUGGCAAUCACUAACGGUUUUGGCAUUACUCUUGCUAUGGUUUAUGGGCCACAGCGCGUUUCCCAAGACAAGGCUGAGCAGGAGGUGGCGGGCUAUACCAUGGCGUUCGCUCUUACCAACGGCAUUUUCAUCGGGAGUCUAUUCGGAAUCCUAGCGAAUGUUGCGCUCGGGCAAACGCGCAUCCUGUUAUUCAUAAACGAAUAA